GCCAAGUCGGAACAAGUAGUAUAGGUCUCCCAUUUCUCUUUCAUUUUCGCCCAUCCAAAACCACCUUUCUUUUUUCCGCCCAUUGACUUCCGUCCGCCGGCGUUACUCAAAGAUGUCUUCUUCAUCAGCACUUAAGCGCUGGUUAAGGCCCGAGGUUUAUCCUCUGUUUGCUGCUCUUGGCGUUGCCGUCGGAAUCUGCGGCAUGCAGUUGGUCCGAAAUAUCAGCGGCAAUCCUGAAGUCAGAGUGACCAAGGAAAAUAGAGCUGCUGGUAUACUGGACAACUUUGCUGAAGGGGAGAGAUAUGCUGAGCAUCCUCUAAGGAAAUUUGUUCGCAACAAGAGUCCCGAGAUCAUGCCAAACAUCAAUUCCUUCUUUACAGACCCAAAAUAAACUUUGGUUUGCAUAAAACAAAUAACCAGUUGGUUUGAGAUUGCAUUUGCUUUUGUAAGAUUAAAAAGCCAGUGUUGGGCAAGUUUUAGAAACUAUUAUUAUGUUUGGAAAACACCAAAUGAUUGUUGAAAAACAUGUCUGAUGUGUUUCAUGCUUAGCACAUGAACUGUUUGGUUAUUAUUUGUGAUUAGUCAUGUCUUAAGAAA